AUGGCCGACGUAGUCGAAAGCCAGUACAUGUUCGUGGAGUAUGCGGCGGCUACCGUGCCUUCGCCGAACGGGAAGAGACGUCGAGGUGGUCCCACCGAGGUCAGGUCGCACAUCACCAGAGAGUUCCAUCGGAGGACAAAGAUAAAGCGUUUGAAAGCUUGCACGGGGAUUACAGCAACGCCGGAGCUGAAGCUACAGGCACGAACAGGAGCAGCUGAAGAAGACCACGAUGCCAAACAGGUUGAGGAAUCCCAAUCACCUGAGAAAGAUCCGGAGAUGGGUGCAGCGUGGAACCGAUGUUCGAGCAACGAUAUAUCGUUACAACAAUCAGAUGCCCACCGAAGCAAUGUUUUUCUGGGAGAUGGAGGAUUCAAUGCUUUUGACAUACUAACAGGUCAAAGAAUGCCGCGGUACAUCCACCUAGUCCUGGAUCACGCUUUGCAAAUCUCCUGGCCGAACACCCUUCCGGUCAUGUCGAAGGCCGUGGUCAAUCCAGUCAAAGGUGCCUGGCUCAAGUGCGCCAUGCAGUGGCCUGUUGUGUUUCAUGCAUUCAUCUAUGCGACAACACUCCACCUCUUGUGCGCAUACAAUGGUCAAGAACUGAUCGAGUCAGGGCCGCUGAUGCGGUUGUCUCACAAGACCGAGACGAUCAAACUGGUCAAUGAGCAGCUGCGCAGCUUGAAAAGUCCGGCCUCUGAUGCUUUGAUCAUGGCUGUGGUCAUCCUAGCAAUCCAUGGUUCAAGAGAUGAAAAGGAAUAUCCGAAAGUCCACCCACCUUCACCGUUGGCGUCUGCACAAAACCUUCAUGUCUACGGAAACAUGGUGGCCGAUGAGCAGCAUACUCAAGCAAUCCUGUUAUUGAUAAAGCAGAAAGGCGGCCUCGAGGCCUUUGAACUGUUUGGCAUGGCAGACACCAUGGCUUUAUGUGACCUGUAUUUCUCCACCAAGCACAUCUGUAGGCCGGCCUUCUCAUUGCGACGUCCGCCGCAGUCGCUCGUCGUUGAUGGUAAACAUGUGCUGGAUUCUCGGGCCAUAGAACUUGACUCUGAGCUUGGCACCGGAUUCAGGUACUUUCGAUCGAACUCUACCAGCUGCGAGCUGUUGGAAGUGUUGCAAAGCUUUUCAGAGGUAACGAAUGCACUGGAUCACCAUGCAAGAGGAGGCUCAACAGCGCCAGAGCUUGUUGACCUUAUCGAAGCCCGCAAUGCAUCGCAGCAUCGUCUUCUCUCAAACUUGCCAGAACGAGUGGACCUGACAGAUGCUGAGUCCUGUGUCCAGCAAGCAACACGACUGGCCACCCUGAUAUUUAGCGACAUGGUGGUUUUUCCAUUGCCGCCGACGCAACGGGUGAAGCCGAGGCUGGCUCGAAAUCUGAUUGACAUUCUUGAGGCAUGCGAUUUGUUGCGCUGCUGGGAUCUGCAUGGGCAAGUGCUCAUGUGGGCUCUUACGCUCGGUGCGAUCGCGGCAAGCUUCACCCCUGAACGGAUAUGGUAUGUCGAUCAGCUCAAAUACCGCUGCUCGGUUUGGAGCGUCGACGAGCUGCCUUUGCUCGAGUCAAUCUGCUCCAAGUUCUUGUGGUGGGGAGAGGUUUGCGGCGGACCUGUUCUGACGUUGUGGAGUGAGGUUCAAGCCGGAUUUCCGGCAAUCCACAUACUUGCGGAUUGAUCUGCGAUAACUGACGGUAGAAGUCCCCCUCAGGUGGGAAAGCCAUCGAGUGG